GUUGCUCUAAGCCUUGGUCUUUUAAAAGUUUGAACUUCUCCGACCGCCGUUACCACUGAUCUUCUCCUUUUCUUCUUUAUUCGGUGGUGCUCGAAGAAAUUAAAAGCUAGAGAAAGUCCAUCUAACUAUAUAUCAGGUUUCCGCGAAGAUUUGAAGAUCCAGUUUAAACAACUGUGUUGAGGUUAUGGGUUUCAACCGUUUCUCUGUGAUACCUAUAAGUAGCAUUAGUCUACAGACUCAAUCUUUUAGCUCAAGUUCUCAUUGAUUAUGGGUUUUGCUGACGAGAAUUGAUGGAAAUAUGAGCUAUUUUUCCAGACACUGUGAACAAUUGUAAGAAAAGAAAAAAACUUGGAUUGAAAAGCUAAAAAUGGCGAAAAAAGGAGAAGAAGAGAAAUCAAAAGGAGAUGAUGUGUUUGCGUCUUGUACUUUCUCUAGUUUGGGUCUUCAGUCUACCUUAUGUGAUGAGCUUAAAGAUAAGAUGGGGUAUGAGGCUCCAACUGUUGUGCAAGCUAAAGCUAUUCCACUUAUUCUCUCUGGGAAACAUGUACUUGUGAAUGCGGCGACUGGUACUGGAAAGACGAUAGUGUAUCUGGUUCCACUAAUUCAUCAUUUACAAAUGUACAAUCCGAGAAUUGAACGGUCUCAUGGAACAAUGGCGUUGGUGCUUGUGCCAACACGAGAAUUGUGUAUUCAGGUAUAUGAAAUACUUCAAAAGUUACUGCACCGAUUCCAUUGGAUAGUUCCAGGUUUUGUAAUGGGAGGUGAGAACAGGUCAAAGGAGAAAGCCAGGCUUCGCAAAGGAAUAUCUAUUCUUGUGGCAACUCCUGGACGCCUUUUGGACCACUUAAAGAAUACAUCAUCUUUUGUGCACUCUAACUUGCGGUGGAUAAUUUUUGAUGAAGCAGAUAGAAUUUUAGAGUUGGGUUUUGGUAAAGAGAUAGAAGAUAUACUUAAUGUUUUGGGUUCCAAGAAAAAUGGGUCCGAUGACAAGACGGAUGGAGCGUCAAAGCUUCCUAAAUUCCCUAGGCAGAACUUGUUAUUGUCAGCAACUUUAAAUGAAAAAGUAAACCAUCUAGCUAAUAUUAGCUUAGAAAACCCGGUUCUGGUUGGUCUUGAUGAGAAGAAGAGUUCUGGUGAAAUGCAAAAACCGUCACAUAAACAUCUAGGGGAUUUGAUAUCUAAUGACGAUGUAGAGUCUGAACAACCGACACUAAAAAGUGGUUCAGAUGCGGGCUAUAACCUACCAGCUCAGUUAAUUCAGACAUACGUAAAAGUGCCCUGCGGUUCCCGUCUAGUGGUUCUUCUGUCCAUUCUUAAAAAUCUUUUUCAGAAAGAACCUUCUCAAAAGAUUGUGGUAUUCUUCUCAACAUGUGAUGCUGUGGAUUUCCACUACUCACUCCUAAGUGAAUUUCAAUUGUCCUCCGACGCGGAAUCAGGAACACAGCAGAAACAGAAAUUCUUCAGUGGUAAACUUCUACGCUUACAUGGUAGCAUGGAACAGGAAGGCCGUCGUACCUCGUUUCAGGGAUUCAAAACCGAUAAAUCAGCCCUUCUCUUAUGCACAGACGUUGCUGCAAGAGGGUUAGAUUUUCCGAAAGUGAGAUGCAUCAUUCAGUAUGAUUCUCCAGGAGAUGCUAGUGAAUACGUGCACAGAGUUGGAAGAACAGCUCGACUCGGAGAAAGAGGAGAUGCAUUGUUAUUUUUACAGCCCGUUGAAAUGGAUUAUUUAAAAGACCUGGAAAAGCAUGGUGUGUCGCUUAAAGAGUAUCCUCUUCUCAAGGUCCUGGACAGUUUCCCAAUUACUGCUCAGAAGCCUCAGCAUGUUAAGAAGUUUGUACCAUUGGAGUUGCAUCCAUGGGUUUUGAUUCUGCAGAGAGCACUCGAAUCUUUCAUUGGUGCAGAGGAAAAGAUGAAGCAGAUGGCGAAGGACGCAUUUUGUUCUUGGAUACGUGCAUACACAGCACAUCGUGGCGACCUGAAGAGGAUUUUUAUGGUGAAGAGACUUCACUUAGGACAUGUGGCGAAGAGUUUUGGGCUCAAAGACCAACCUUCCAUGGUUGGGAGAGCAUUCCAAGUGCAAGCUAAGAAGAAUAAGAAAGAUCUGAAGCAUCACAAAGGGCCAAUGAGAAAGAGAAAAGAAUCUGGGAAACCUGAACAUAACCAAUCUAAACGAAGAAAACAGUGAGACAGGCAAGAUGAACUGACAGAAAAGGUUCGCUAUACUGUCCUGUUGCUUUUAUAUUGUAACCUUGUUUUUUUCUUUUUCUUUUCCGAGUCUUGUAUUUACUUGGAAUUAGCAGUAUUGGCUGCAGCAAUUUUGAUUUGGUAUAAAUAAAUUUUAUAUUAAGGUACAUCUA